CACUAAUCCUGUCACAACAUGCCUACGAGUUAUGACCAUCUCUUUUAUUUUUAUCAACUCAAAUUGAUUCAAAUUCAUAAUCCAUAUCCAUCUUCUCUUCUCCUCGUGUUACAAUAAUUUGAGACUUUCUUUGCACCAUUCACGAUUCACACGACCAACAACCAACGCUAUUUCUUCAAAUCUCACUCUCCAAACCCUCAUCAACGGUUCACUUUUAUCCCACUCGCCACUCAUAAGCGCGUGACCUUAACAAUAAAACGAACGGCACCAAAAAAACAUAAGUUAAACAAAAACAUUAUCGUCCUCAACCCAACAACGUCAACAACACCGUCCCUGUUUUUUUUCUCUCUACCUAGGAAACGAAAUCAUCAUUCUGCAAUCAAAUCAAAUCAUUCUAACUUCCAUUACCACUUUACAUCUUCAUCAUCGUUAAAAAUCAAAACUUUUUGAUUUCUAAUCCUAUGUAUAAUAAUCUAAUAAUCUCCGUAUGUUCUGGAACCGACCCACAUCAGAAAAAACUGUUUGAUCCUUAAAAGUCACAAACUUUCUUUCUAUUCAAUCGAUUUUCCACAACCCCACAUGGAGAAAGAGCCACUUCUUCCAUAUUUCAGCCCCAGAAAAAGGCUCACCCCAUUGCCUCCUCAUCUUUUCCCUUUACCAGAGAACGAUGAAGUUGUUCUUCCUGUUACCCCUUCUGAGUUCAAAGAUCGUCUCAUCUUUGGACCUUCAUGUGCUUCACCAAGAGACUCUUCACCUUUGGCGGAUGCCUUAACACUUUCACGAAAUUCUCCGAGAACUCCUUCCACUUGUUCCUCUUCACACGAGUUUGCAUCAGCAACAUCCACGCUUUGUGAUUCAUCAUCUCAACAACAGCAAUUAUCUUCUUGGCUCAUUGACCCUAAUUAUCCAUGGCGGAAAACCAAUUUGCAUCGCUCCAAAACUGCACCGGCUAUGGCGGUUAUUAGUGAUUUCAAUCAUCCGACUGUGAAAAGACCACAAUUUGGUAGCCAAUCUAUUGUUCAUCAAGCUUUUAUUCUUCUUGUUCUUUAUUUGGCUUUAGGGGUUGUUAUUUACUGGUUCAAUCGUCAUAGUUUUACAGCGACCGAGACUCAUCCUAUUGUAGAUGCAUUGUAUUUUUGUAUAGUCACAAUGUGCACAAUUGGAUACGGUGACAUUACUCCUAAUAGUACUGCAACCAAGAUUUUCUCUAUAUUGUUUGUGUUAAUCGGUUUUGGUUUUAUUGAUAUAUUGCUUAGUGGAAUGGUUAGUUAUGUUCUUGAUUUGCAAGAGAAUCAUUUGUUGAGGGCAGUGAAGGGAAGGGGUGCGACUGCGAAGGAUGGGAGGUCGUACAUAGUUGAUGUGAAGAAAGGUAGGAUGAGGAUUAGGAUGAAGGUGGCAUUGGCAUUGGGGGUUGUGGUACUUUGUAUUGGAGUUGGUGUCGUGGUUAUGCAUUUUGUGGAAAGUCUUGGGUGGGUAGAUUCCUUUUAUCUUUCGGUUAUGUCUGUUACGACGGUUGGGUAUGGCGAUCAUGCUUUCAAGACUAUGCACGGUCGUAUCUUUGCUGCAAUUUGGUUGCUCGUGUCAACACUUGCAGUUGCUCGAGCUUUCCUUUAUUUGGCUGAGGCGAGAGUGGAUAAGCGACAUAGGAGGAUGGCAAAGUGGAUUCUUGGUCAGGACAUGACUGUUGCUGAGUUUCUUGCUGCUGACAUAGACAACAAUGGAUUUGUGAGUAAAUCAGAAUAUGUUAUAUACAAGCUGAAGGAGAUGGGAAAAGUGACAGAGAAGGACAUCAUGCAGAUCAGUCAGAAAUUUGAUAGACUAGAUACUGGCAACAUUGGAAAAAUAACACUCGGUGAUCUCAUGGAGGGUCAUAAUGGAUGAGCUCGAUCACCGUGGCUAUCCAAUGAUCAAGGUUUUUUGUUUUUUGGAUAGACAGAUAUGUUAGUGAGUUAUGUUAGUUUCUAGAGUUUGAACCAUGAACCUCAUGGUUAGUACUCCUUCGGUUCGGUAUCUCUCGACUCACCAACUGAGCUGCCUCAGAUGAUCAAGGUGAUUCCAUAUCCAGUUUUGUCACAUAAAGAAGGGAGUGCCAGAUUCCCAAGUUGCAUGGGAACUUUUUUCCGUUUGCGGGCUGGGAAGGAGAUAUUAGAUUAUUAGAUUAUCAAGUUACAUACAAGUGAUUUUCCCUCAUACCCUUUUGUCUGUCACGAAUGGGACAACUUGAUGGGGCGGCUCGAAAUUCUGGGUUCUUUUGCCGGCAUUUUGCAACUGAUCUUGAAGAAAUUCCGGGUAUUACCAAUAAUUGUAUUGUUAGGUUGAUGACAUGGCUUGUGGUGGUGGAAGGGACAAUUUUGAAAAUGAAUAAAUAAUGUAUUGAUUCUUUUCUUCAGAUUAUUUCUUGGUUAAUUGUGCAAAUCAAUGUUUCUAUUAGCCAAGGUUGUAGUUCUCAAUUAAGUACUUGCAUUGUCCUAUUCUGAGUUGAAUAAAGAUAUACUUCAUACUUGCAUUCA